UAAGAUGUACAUAUAUAUUAUGAAUUUUAGUUUUAUGUUAAAAAUCCCCUCGUGAAAUUUAAUAUAUACACACUUACAUAAUUUUGUGAUAAAUAUAAUUUUGUAAAAUCGCAAUAAAAUUCUUACAUACUUGGAUCAUACGAAAAUUAAAAUCACGAUUUAUACAACGAACCGUCUGUGUUAAUUACCACGAUAUUAUUAUACAAAACAACAAGCGUAUCAUUUAUUAUCUCGAAGCGAGAGGACUUGUUAGAUUCCGAACAGCCAUUUUACAGUUCCGAAGAUGGCGUGAACACAUGUCGUUGACAUUUCGAAACGUCACAGAAUUUGCUUGAAAUGCGAAGAGUUUGCGUUUAAUAUAACAGAAAGGUGUACAUAUUUACGUACAAAAUGCCGCAGGAAGAAAGCAUCAUGACGAAGAUACAAGAGAUGGAGAACACUCUGAACGAGUCGAUGUACAAACUGGACGUGCUGAAGAAAAGGAUACAGAGGAAAUUGCUCACGACCGAGAAUCGCGAGGAACUGGAAGCCAAACUGGAGGAGUACAAGGAGAUACUUGUAAAGACCGAGGAGAAAUUAAAGAAAUUAAGGAAACAGAAUACGAAGUCGUUCAUGGUAGCAGGAUGCCUGAUCUUCGCUAUGUGGAUCGUAUGCUUCCUGCUCUAUGGGUUGUAUUCUAUAUUUUUCGAAACGUAACGAGACAUUCCUAAAGUAUGUAUUUUAAAUGAUAUAACGUCAGUGCAACGGUUGUUAUUCAAUAUGUAUAUUAUCAUGAAGCUGUUUUCCAAACAUAUAUUUUUAUAAAAAAUAAUAUCACUUUCACUGGAACAUUUAUGAUAAAUGUUCCUUACAAAUCAUUGCAUACAAUAAUGGACCAGUGGCAUAUUCGUAAAGACUGACAUGAUAAUAUAUAUGCAUAAUGCAAAUAAGCUCUUUUAUAAUGAAACAUGAUUGUUAGAAAAGUUUGAAAAAACAAAAACAGAUCUAUUUAUAUCAGUCACACUUGAUAAACGUUUUGACGUUUAAUAAGUGUCGCCAUCGACAUAUAUAUAUAUAUAAAUUUAUAAAUGGCAAGAGGAGAUGAAUGAAGACUUGUUAAAUUAAGCUGCGAUGAAAUCAUAGUCCGG